GGCAUUAAAGCAAACCAUCGGUUUCCACGUUAAUACUGCUUACCAAGAGUUAGUGGGACAAGCAAAAGCAAGUAAGCAACACACCCAUAGAGGGAGAGAGAGAGAGAGUGAACGAAAUGCCGGGAACAGGGGUAACAGCGGUGAUGAUUGUGGCGCAGUUCUUGACUGUGGGUUUGAACACUCUAAUCAAAGCGUCUAUGGCCAAAGGAAUGAGCAAUUUCGUUUAUGUUGCCUAUUCAAAUCUUCUCGCAUUCUGUUUCCUCCUACUCUCAAACAUAGUCUAUUACAGAAAUAGAGCUCCUACACCAAUCAAUAACUGGAUUUUGUUGAGAAUUUUUGUUCUCAGUGUGUUAAGCAUUUCUAUACAGACACUUAUUUAUACUGGACUUGGGCUUAGCUCUCCCACUCUGACCUCAACCAUGGAGGACCUCAUUCCAGCUUAUACUUUCAUAGUUGCCAUUAUUUCCAGGAUGGAAAAGCUAGAUCUAAAACUAGGAAGCUGUCAAGCAAAAUCCAUUGGCACUGUGGUAUCCAUUGCAGGAGCAUUAAUUGUUACCUUAUACAAGGGGUUACCUAUGACAAGUGGUGUGAUGCCAAACAAUUUGCAUAGUGAAUUUUUGGUAUCAUCACAACAAUCAGAAUGGUUACUAGGAGGCUUUCUUCUUGCAGCCGGUAGCUUUCUUGCUUCAAUUUACCUGAUUCUCCAGACCUGGACUCUCAAAGACUACCCCGAGGAGCUAAUGCUAACAACCAUUUGUUGCAGUUUCGUUGUUAUCCUAUCUUUCAUAGUAGCUUUCAUUGCAGAGGAAAAUCCGACGGCAUGGAUACUUAAACCUGACAUGGAGUUGAUUUGUAUAUUCUAUUCAGCAACUUUGGUGAUAUCUAUGCGAAGUGUGAUGCAUGCAUGGGCGUGUCGCAUGAAGGGCCCUGUGUAUGUUGCUAUGUUUAAUCCUUUAGGAAUUGUGAUUGCACUUGCCAUGGGGGUUACUUUUCUCGGUGAUAUUCUAUAUCUUGGAAGUGUGAUAGGAGCUGCCAUAAUAGCGAUUGGGUUUUAUGCUGUAAUAUGGGGUCAGGCUCAAGAGGAAAAGAUAGCACGUGAGAAAAAUGGAAUCUGUAGCAUUAUUUCAUCGUCCUCUUCUGAAGCUCCUCUGUUACAGAACAAAGACAACGACACAGGUUCUUUUGUAUGAUAGUGUGAAAAAGUUUGAGAAAUCUUUGAGGAUCACAAACGGAAACAACAGCCACGUCCUUUGCUAUGAUAGAAACGCCUUAAAUGUAUUACAAUAUACAAAACAAGUUACUGGCCGCAACUAGCAUGUGGCAAAGUCAUUCGCUACGUCGCCGACAAAUGUGAAUCAAAUUAUACUUUUUUGUUCAACUACUGCUUUUAUGAUUGUUAAUUCUUUCGGAUUUGGGUUUUACAGUAAAUAUAUAGUUGCUGGUUUGU